AUGAAUUUUUUAAAUUUAUUAAUAGGACAAGGAACAGCACAAUUUCCUUUUAAUAUAGGACAAGCAGUAACUAGUUAUACUGGUAAAUCGAUAUGGACCUUACAUCAAGGAACUAAAAAGGAUGAUGGUUCAGUAGUAUCAAUCUUUAGCUUUGACGUUAAAAAGAAUCCUUCAAAGUUAGAGGUUGCACGUAAUGGUUUUAAACGUGCCAAAACUAUCAGACAUCCCAACUUUAUCACCUAUAUCGAUGGUCUAGAAACUGAUAGUAACAUUUACAUUGUCACUGAAACUAUCACUCCUCUAGAUGAAGCUAUUCAAGAUAUUAAAAAGUUUGAUGAUGCUAUUUCAUGGGGUAUCUAUCAAAUUACUAAUGGAUUAUCAUUUUUAAGUGGAAAGAAUUUAACACAUGGUAAUCUUUGUAUGACGACGAUAUUUGUAAAUAAGAGUGGAGAUUGGAAAUUGGGAGGAUUGGAUUUGGUGUGUGAUGUUAGAGAUGCCAAUCCAUUGUUAAAGACACAUGUUGAUUUGGUGCCUGCCAAAUAUAGAGCUCCAGAGGUGAGCAAGGCUCAAUGGAGUCAAAUCAAUACUGCUCCUAGUUUUGCAAUCGAUGCUUGGAUGUUGGGAUGUCUCAUGUAUGAAUGUUACAGUGGCGUCAUGUCCAAAUCAGAGGAUGUUCGCGAGUUGGCUUCUAUCCCCAAAUCACUUCAACCAUCCUAUCAAAAAUGUUUCUCUUCCAAACCAGAACAACGUCUCAAUCCUCAAAAAUUCCUCGAAUCCUCCUACUUUUCAAAUAUCUUUGUUGAAACUUGUACAUUUUUAGAAAAUAUUACUUUAAAAGAUCAAUUUGAAAAGGAAACUUUUUUCAAAAAAUUAGAUCAACAUUUAGAUAAAUUACCAACAAAUAUAUGUAAAUUUAAGAUUUUACCACAUUUGAUUACGGCAUUUGAAAUUGGACCAAUUAAUACAAAGAUUUUGGGAACAUUGUUAAAGAUUAGUUCUAAUCUGUCGACAGAGGAAUAUACAACAAAGGUGGUACCAAGUGUAGUGAAAUGGUUUGCAAUGGAUGAUAGAGGGUUACGAGUCAAUCUUUUGGAAAAUCUCGAACACUAUAUCCAACACUUGUCAUCAACUGUCAUUAAUGACCAAAUCUUUCCCAAUGUGGUCAAUGGAUUCAAUGAUAAGCCAGCACUCAAGGAGCUGACUAUAAAGUCGAUGCUAUUGUUUGCACCAAAGCUCUCUGAAAAGACUAUGCUUCAGCUGCUCAAAUACUUUGCUGCCCUCCAAAAGGACAUGGAACCAGGUAUCAGAACCAAUACUACUGUUUGUUUGGGUAGAAUCUCUGAACAUAUUUCACCCGACACUAGAAAGCGUGUUCUUGUACCAGCCUUUUCAACCUCGCUCCGUGAUCCUUUUGUACCAUCUCAAAAUGCUGGUCUCUCUGCAUUUAUGUUUACCCAACAAUAUUAUACCCCCGAUGAAAUUGCUACCAAGGUCAUCCCAGAAAUCUCUCGUAUGCUCAUCUCUCCAGAAAAACAAAUUCGUACCACUGCUUUCCAAGCAAUGUCUUUGUUUAUUGGUAAAUUGGAAACUUUUUCUUCUCAAUUACCUGAUACUCAACAACAACAACAAGGAGGAAGUCAACAAGGUGGACAACAAGGAUCGGGAUCAGGAUCAAAUCAAGGUGGACACCAGACUAUGGGACCAGAUGGUCAAGAAACAAUGUUGGGAUGGGCAUAUGGACUUACAAAGAAAUAUAUUGCAACUGCUACCAAUGAAUCACCACUUGCUUCUCCUCCUCCUCUAAAUUCUAGUAAUAAUAGUUAUUCUAGUAGUAAUAGUUCAUCUUCAAAUACUCCAUCAAGUAAUUUUACAUCUCCUCAACAAUCAAAACAAAGUGAAAAGGAAAAAGAAAAACAAAAAACAACAAGUUAUUCAACAUCGUCAUCAUCAUCAACAACAACUAAAAAGAAUAAUAUAAAUGCAGAUGGAUGGGAUGAAAAUGAUGAUGAUUUAUUUGAUGAUGAUGAACCAGUAGUAGAAACUAAAAAAUCAAUUCCUUCUAAAGUUAUAAAUAAUAAUAAUAAUAAUAAUAAUAAUAAUGAUAAUAGUAGUGGUAACAAGACAGGAGGAGGAGGAAUGAAACUUUCAUCAAAACCUAAAAACACGUUUUCAUAUCAAGAUGAUGAUUCAGACAAUAACAAUAACAAAUCAUCAGGAGAUUGGAAUGAUUGGGAUGAUAGUAAUAAUAAUACAGUAUCAUCUAGAAAUUCUUCUUCAUCAUCAACUAAAAAGAAAACUACAACCAUUGUAAAAUCAAAACCAACAAGUACUGAUGGUUGGGAUGAUUGGAAUGAUUAA